AUGCAAGAAGAUAUAGUAGUAUAUGAUAUGGAAAAUAAAAUAGAAGAUGAAAAUACCAAAGGAUACUUUGAUACAAUACUUUCAAAUAAAACGCACAGAAAUAAAAAAAUACAAGUUAAUUCAAGCAAACCUAAAAAUUAUAAAUUAUGCAUGAAUAGUAAAGAUAACGAAUUCUCUAAAAAAGAAUACUCUGAUCACACAAAAUAUUACCCCUAUUUGGAAAAAGAGGGGGAAUUAAAUGAAACUAUCUAUGACAAAAAAAAUUUUAUAAUUCAAAAUAAAUAUAAGGAAAAAGAAAAAAAUGAAUCAUUUAUUCAUGAAAAUGUUAGAACUAUUUAUAAUGAUAACUUACUUUCAAAAGAUAAAAAUUUAAGUGAUACAUAUUUUAAAAAUAAUAAAAAAAAUGUACAAAAUUCAAGUAAUUCUAUUAAAAGUUAUAUAGAAAAAUUAAAAAAAUAUAAUUUUGAUACUGUAUUAAGUAUAAUUGACAAUGAUAUUGCAAAAAAAAAAGAAACAUAUAAUAAAAAAAUGAUUGAAUACAAUGACUUUAUAUAUACGGUAGAUUGUAUGUAUUUACAGAACUGGGAAAAUGAACAUGAAUUAGCAAACAAUGAAGUAGAAUCACAUUUCACACAAUGUGAAAAUUUGGAAAAUGAAGGAAAAGAAUUGUUAGUACUUGUAGAGGAUAUGAUAAACGAAGUAAAAAUUUUAUUACAAAAAAUAAAAAGAGGUACAUAUAUUAAUAAAGAUGAAAUGUUAAAUAUACAAAAGAAAUUGAAUGUUAUGAUUAUGAGAGUUCAAAAAGUUGAAGAAGAAAAUUAUUACUAUAUUUCUCAACAAGGGGAAUAUGAAUAUUUCUUAAAAAAGAUAGGAUUUCAAAAAAAGUGUAGAGAUAUGGAAUUUCAUGAAUUUUAUGGAAAGUUUUCUAAAGAAAAAGGAAAAAAAAAUCUGUAUACAUUAUAUUGGAAUAAAUUUAAAAAUAUUACUAAUGCAAAGGCAAAACAUGUAUUCAAAAAUGUUUCUAAUUUAUUACCAAAAUCCUAA